GGCCUGGCAAAAAGAAUGGUUCAGUGAUGUCGGCGUCCUUGUUUUCUUUAUAGCUCCUCGCCCUCAGUUCCCUCUCUACGAAUCUUAUCGUCUCUCCAUUCUUCUGCCCGUCCUUCCACCCCUCAAAACUCUCGUCUUUUAGCCGAAGCCUCUUGAGUCACACAAGGUCUGCGACGCGGUAGACGGGCCUCCAUCUGAUCAUCCACAAGUGGUCCUGCUUUGUCCACAGCCUUCCUGUUUGGCCGCUCGUUAAAGUUUUCCCCGCCGUUGCGACCCAGACUUCCCGAAGUCCAGCCUACACAAGUAGACCUUCAGCACUGCAACGGACCCUUCAAGCUUUACUCCUACGUGCGGAACUUGCCUGGCUACACCCCUCUCCGCUUGUUCUGUUACCUGUCACCUUCUGCUCCCCAUCUUGUCAUUAGUCUCGCUGCUGUUGGUUCUCGUCGUUCUCGUUCGUUGGACAAGGGCGCGCCGCUGCAUCACACAUGCUUUUGGUUGCCAGACCAUAGCUUAUACACACGAACCUUCUGCAGUCACCAAGAUGCCGCCAAUUAGAGCACCGAUAAACACGAAGGGGCUGAAGACGGAGAGGACCCAUGAAGAAAAUCAGGAAAGAGCAUACAUUGCUGCUUCGCGACGGAGCGAUCGCAGCCUGGAAGCGCGAAUUGAAUCUGCAAGACGUGCAUCUGAGAUUCACAAGAAGCGGACUGGCCGUGCCUUGCGUGUGACUGAGCAAGACGUUAUCAACGAGGAAAUGUACGAGGAGGAAGACGACGACCUGCAAGCACAGUAUCGAAGGCUACAAGCUCAUUUGGGAUCGACCGCCGAUGCCUUUAACGGACGCCUAAACGCCUGGAUUUUAAGCGCCUACGGCACCAGACAGAUGGCCUUGGCUGCUCAGAACGGUAUGAUGUUCAACCCAUCCAUGUCAAACAUGCCGCCUCCAACAACUCCAUUCUUCGCGUACCAGCCACAGCAACAAUCAUCGACAGGGGCCAUAUCGCCGGGUUUGACGCAGCGUAACCAAUCGUACCGUCAGGCGCCUUACCCUCCACAGCACCAACGUAGUCAUGAGGGAAGAUCCCAUUCAAUUUCGUCUUUGCCUGAUAAUCCGACCCAGUCAGUUAAGAUGGAGCCCUCUGCCAAUGCUCAGACGCUUCAGCACCAGCGACGGCACUCGAUGGCUACAGGUGUGGACGAAACUUCAAGUUCGGGUACUCACCAACGCCCCGGAGACAUGGGAGGUAUGCCAAUCUCACCGGCAAUUCCAGGCUUUCAACCUGGCUAUCUCGGCCACCCAGCUUUCACGGCCAACUCGCAACUCCCAUGCGGAGGUUUUCCCAUGGGAACUUCAACCUACGAUCCGAUGAUGAGUCAGAUGCAGGGUUCGAUCAGUCCAUUGACGACCUCUUUGCCAGUCGAGGCGCAGCAGAUCAUUGGCACGUCGUUUGAUCCUCACGGCCAAUAUACGCCAAUGUUCAUGAACAUGUCGCAUGGCCUACCCGUCCCUCAAGGCGUCAACUACACGUAUCGACCCAACUUCGGCGCGUCCGACUCGUCUUCAAACGUCAAGGACACGUCGGACGGCAUCAACCAGACUCUCUCGCCGAACCCAAUGGCGUCGCCUACUUCAAAGAUUGACGCCAGUAUGGACAACCUGAACACACCUACGUUAUCGAAUGGCUCGCUCAGCUCUAACGAUAUGUUGAACCCGCACUUCGCGACCGCCGUGAACCUAGACGGCAACUACGGACUUGGCAUGAGCUUCGACAAGACCCCAGCAGACACGAGCACGAGCGAUACUCCGGACGGCUUCUUCAAUGACUGGUUCGACUCUACGACAGUGGAUGAGCCAGCGCAAUGACAAAUGGCUGUGUCCGCAGGCCGUGUUCAGUUCUUCUUCCACAAGUCGUCUUCCUUCUUCUGCUUCCUCUUCCGCCUUUGUUGGGCACCUCGAUCACUCUUCCUGAUUUAUUUUGAUAUGAAGAUACCCAUUUCGCCUGAACAGCCUAGGUGGCUAAAUUUUUUCCCCCCAAUUUGCCGUUCAAUCAUUUAUCAUUUCACGCAAACGUUUGGCUCUCACGUUCUUGGAAUGGCGCUUAGGUCUCUGGGGGUAACGAUGCAUGGCUUUUCUUACGAUCCAAAAUAAGCAACAACGAUUAUCGGACACUCAAAGGCGUCCUUUAUAUAUAUAUAUAUAUAUAUAUAUAUACGUUUCUGGCGUUGGAACAUUGCGGCUCGCAAACUUGCAUUUUGGGCAACCGGACUCUGCUCUCCGAGUUUGUCUUUGGAUCAGAUUGAACUUGCUGCAAUGCGGCACGUGUUGGUCGUGCUUUUCCCUCUUUGUCUGGCCACGAAGUUUGUAAUGCGAACCCGAUACGGGUGGAAAACAAGAACUGGGCGUGGUUUUGGUCAUUCGCGUAUUUAUUUCAUAAGAGCGCUGUCCUGUAUUACACACGUAUGAAGAUCUCUCCACUACAUCUCAGAGAGCGUCGUAUUCCAGCCUGGUAAUCCGGCAAUGAUAAUGUCUUUGAACA